UUAUUGUCCAAUUGGUACAAAGACCAGAGUUUAAAACUGUUAUUGUUAAGAAUGAACAAAAAGUUCAAGUGCCAAUUACAAGACUGAGGUAGACAAGCUGAAUGGUUCAAUAAAAGUCUCAGGAUAGCUAUCUGCAAGAAACACUUAGCAUUAAGCGAGGAAAGCCAUUCAGUAAAGAUUGGAAAUUUAGAGGGAGCUGAAGAAACAUUGAGGCUUGUUAAAGCUUGUAUUAAUGAAUUCUAUGAAGCUAGUCGUUCUAUCACUAUCGAAGAGUGCGAAGAAGAAUCAAACAAUUUUUGUGAACAACUGGAAGACAAAGUAGAAGAGAUUUCUAAUGAGUUGAAUUACGUUAGAAAGAAUAAAAAAUUUGAAGACUUUGGAGCUAUCGAAACAAGAAUAAAAGCCCUGACUCUCGAACUCAAAAAAAAUCAAUUAUUCAAUAAGUUCUGCACUCAACUUUAUUUCUGCAUGAAAUGAGAGCAGUUAGGGGUUAACAAGGAGAAGACAUCCCGUUUUAUUGAGAACCCUCUUAAUGAAGAUUUAUUUGUCGACCAACUGAAACAGAAAGACACAGAGUUAAAGAACUUGAAAGGUGAGUUAAAAACCAUUAAAGAAAAAGUAGCAUCAAUUGUUGGGUUAUCCUCCCAGGCUGAUAUAGAAAAGGUAUAUUGCAUAAUCACUGGCAAGAAAAUUGCUCCCAAAAUUUCUGAACAGUUAGUCCUUGACUGAAAUGACCAAAAGAACUGAGAUUUCAUGGAGAUAUUAGGAGACAAUAUUCUUCCAAACUGUGACAUGCUAAGAAUUAACAAUAUUCAAGAGCACAUCUCCUUAGUUGAAAAUUUUAUAUUCAGGUGUUUCCCCCAAACUGUGAGAUGCCUUGCUCUAAAUUUCCGAGGAAAACCGAUAAAUUGGGAGAAACUGGUUGAAAUGGUAACAUAUUUGAGUCCACAUAUCACAAAUGAGCUCUAUUUGUAUAACUUAAAAUUUGGUCCAUUUCAGUUGAGUAAUAUUUUACAAAACACAUGUCAGCACAUAAAAGAGCUUGGGUUUGGCUCAUGCAUUUUAGAAAUUGACACAGUACCAAGCCUCCAAUAUUGCCUGUACGGGUCUAGAAUUGAGACAUUACUGCUCGAUAAUUUUGACAGUUCAGAAUGAAAAGAUUGAAGUGUCUCUAGCCUAAGAUUCUCAAACCUUAUGGAAGGACUAUCCCAGUCCAAAGAUUUUGUCAAUAGCUUCAAGAAGCUGGUCCUCAUAGAAUUUUGAAUGGACAGAGAGGAUGUCAUUGAGAUCCUUGAAAAAAUUGGAUUUAGCUCUGUUUAUCUAGUAAUUAUGUAA